AUGUCUCGCAUUCCAACCAGCCAGGAGCCCAUUGUCAUGGUCAUAGAUUUUCACCAUGCGAGGGGUCCGGAAAUUGAAUUAUGCAUUGGACAAGAUGGAACUGAUCCUGCGGCGGAGAACGACUGGUCCCUGUUACCAUUCAUGGCGCUAUCAGAUGGGGCUCAUAUGUCGACCGAGGAAUUCUCGUAUUUUACCCUCCGCCGCAAGGAGACCGCCACGGAACCAGCAACAUCCCUCUUUGGCAUUUCCUGCUCGAGGCAGUUUGACUCCAGUCUCCUUAUAUACCGCCCGUCAGAUGUCACGAGAUCUACAGUACAAAAGGCAGUUGUUGUUGUGACAGAUAGCCCGCAGUCUCUUGGGCAGCUGAGGGAGAAACUAUCGAUAGUGACGUCGGCUUGGUUUGCGCAACGGGAUUUCUCAGAUAUCGAUAUUUUAAAGAAAUUUCGGGAGAACCUAGUGAUCAACGUGCAGAGUGAAGGAUCAAAAGACCAGAACCUGGGUAGGGCCGAAAAGUAUGUCAUCAGCGUUGAACAUAUUACUUAUUUGUUUGAAGGACUAUCUCUGCGAGAAAUGAUCCAUGAGUUCAAGUACCAGACACUGGUUCUUUUCAAAGCUUUGCUUUUACAGCCCAAGAUGCUUUUCUUUGGCUCGAGAUGCGAGCGCCUAUGCAUGAUCCAAUUCUCCCUAAUUUCUUUGAUACCGAGCCUCAUGAAUCACUUAGAAGACUGUGCAGAUCCCGCUUCCGAUAGGUAUGCACAGACUGUCGAGAAACCAACUUCUCUAAAGACAAGCGAUAGAAACUCAUUACUUGCAUAUAUGGGUUUACCCUUGCAAAUUUUUGGAAAAGGAAGUAUGUUUGGACCUUAUACGCCUCUGCAACAGCUGGAUCUGCUGGCAGAUUGUGGAACAAAGUCAUAUGUUGUCGGGUCUACGAAUUCGCUUCUUCUGCAGCAAAAGGAUCGCUACAGUGACGUUUUAAUCAACCUUGAUGAAGGCACUAUUUCUAUCCCGAAUCCUUCUCUUCGGAGUGCAUUGACUCUCUCAGUUGCGGACAGGCGUUGGAUUGACCUUCUUACUCAAAUUAUCAACGAUACGUGGGAUGAAGCACAUCCGCAGCAGCCCAAAACUCACGGAUAUAUGGGAUCGGAGGAGUUUAUUCGACUUCAGUUUGAGGAAUAUCUACUUGCAUUGCUUUCUUGCAUGAAGUAUCACGAAGAUCUCAAUUCUUUCAAUGCUGGGGAACCAGGUCGUAAGACCAGAGCACAGCUGGAGGCGUUCAAUAUCGAGGGCGAUCCGGCAUUAGAGUUCAACUCGGAGUUCUUAAAACAGUGGCAAAACACCUCAAACUAUGCUCUAUUUAAGAAUUUGACUUCUGACGCACUUUUAUUCUCAAUUGUUGAACCUCGUCACCCGUGUGCAGGAGGCCUGACGAUUGACGACAUUCAGCGAAGGCUAACGCAGCAAGUUACUGAUCUUCAUCUAGACGAAAAAGUACGGGAAGGCCGUGAGGCACUGAACAGACAUAUCGGCGCGGGCCAAAAGAAAGUGAGCGCUGCAUUUAACAGCUUCUGGGCCGAUGUCGAGUCGAUGCGUGAAGCACAACGAAAGAAGAAUGAAGAAAAGGUGUCCCAAUCGGAGCGAUCAUCAAUGGACAAGGGUUCCCCGCCGCCGUUCUCACGGUCUGAUUCGGCAUCCGUUGCUUCCUCUGGUGGCUCAUCUUGGUUUGCUGCCCGCAAAGCUCCCACUGUGGACGUUGCGCAAGCCCAAGCAUCCGUUAGCGCAGUUGGCCAGAGAGCAGGUGCCUAUCUCAGCUCGUGGACCACAUGGGCCAGCGAGAAGCGAAAAGAGUGGCAAGAGAAGAAACCGUCUCCAUCUUCUUCGUGCUCUCCAGCCUCGAUUACGUCUCCGUCAACGACAUUAGCAGGCACUACAGAGACCGGGGAUACGGAAAGAGGUAGACGAGACUCGAUACAAGUUCGUCGCAGCGAAGAUUCCACUUCACUGUCACGCAGUGGAAGUAGAAGAAAGAGAUGGAGCAAUAUCCUUCUCAGGCGUGAGAGUGGAGAAUUUGGGGCCUCCCAGAAAAGAGAUGAUCGAGGUAGUGACAAUACUGAGCAUGAAACUGCCUAUUCAAGGUCGCCUUUGUCGCGAGAAGCCUCUAUCCUCGGGGACAAUGACCCGGAGCCAGCCGAUCUGCCGUUUACCGAGUCUACAGCUCAUUCUAAGACUGGAUAUGGAGAUACCAGAGAAACCCAUAGCUUUGAGAAGGAACCCAAGCCAACUUCAGACGAUGAAAGAGAAGAUAUUACAACCAGAACCCCAGCUAAGGAUUCCGGCAAGACCGAUGAAUUGCCGCCGCCCAAGCCGCAGUAUGAUAUCAAUGAACCAACCCCUGAAACAUCCAGUUUAUCAAACAAAUAA